AUGCUUCCUGACCGCAUAGAUGGCAAACAAGCCGAGGAGCUCUUUGCGCGGCUUGACGGGCCUGGGCGAGGAUACCUGGGAGCCGGGAAGGUUCUCCGCAUAUUGUGCUCGGAUACCUUUACUCAGCGCCCCGGCGUUGCGCGGGCUGUCGCAGCAGCGUCGGUGAGAGCUUCCGGUGGGCGCCUGUGCAAGGAGGCCUUUCUAGAGGCUGUCCGCGCUGGACAGUCGAGCGCUGCCACGGAAGAGUCUGUGCCAACGCUGCGUGUGAAGCUGUCGGACCUCUUCGAGCCUCCGGUUCCCACAGCACGCUGCCGCAGGGCCACUGCGUCCUCUUCCAAGCGGGUCGCGGCCUCGCCUUUUGCCGGGCCCACUUCUGGGGUUGCCUUGGAGGAGUGGGCAUCUCGACGCUUUGCCAGCAGCCUGCGCACGCACAAGGCCAGCCCCAAGACCAUGAGCGGACGGAAGCGCGAGGGUGAUGGCGCGCCAGGCGUGGGCUGCUGCGGCAAGAGCUGUGCAGCUCGGUUUUAG